UAACGACAGUAUUUGAUUCUCUCUCUCUCUCUCUCAUUCCUGAACCGCCCGUGUCUUCACUGUGAGCAAGCGCUAGGGUUUUGUUCUUCUUUCCUUUUUCAGCUCUCUUGAGAGAUACCAGCAAAUUUAGUUCCUAUAGCUUUAUACUCAAAAAAUUCAUAGGUCGGUUGUUUCAGAUUUGUUCUAUAGAGUCCAUAUUUUUUUUGGUUUGUAUCUCUUGGUUAUUCAUUUCCGAAUAACGACAAAAAAUGGAGUUUGGACGAAAGAGAAUAGUAGAUGGUGCCUUUGCAGGAAACGGAGGAAUGAAAAAAUCAAGAAAUGAAUCAGAAUCCUUUACGAGUGGUGUAAGAAGCAAAUCAAAGCCAUGCAUGAAGUUUUACAGCACUUCUGGAUGCUCAUAUGGUGAGGGAUGCCACUUUCUUCACUAUGUUCCUGGCUAUAGUGCAAUGAAUCAAAUAUCAAACAUGGGAUCGAACCCAGCAGUUCCCGUUGGAAGGAAUCGUGCCCCUUUUAGUGAUGGUCCUGCUCCAACUAUGAAGUCCAAGCUUUGCAGCAAGUAUAACACUGCAGAAGGAUGCAAGUUUGGUGAUAAAUGCCAUUUUGCCCAUAGUGAGAUGGAGAUUGGGAAGCUAGUGGCACCAGCUUACGAUGAUUUCCAAGCAGCAGGACCUCCGAGUAGGUUUCCUGGGUAUCAUAAACCAUCCCAACCCAGUCCAGCUGCAACAAACUUUGGUGCAUCUGCAACAACUACAAUUAGCAUAGAUGGCGCUCUUGCUGGAACCAUCAUUGGGAGGAAUGGCGUGAACUCAAAACAAAUUUGUCGGCUUACUGGUGUCAAGCUCUCCAUAAAGGAGCAUGAAACAGAUUCCAAUAGAAGGAACAUUGAACUCCAGGGAACGUUUGAUCAGAUUAAUCAGGCCAGUGCUAUGGUCCGGGAUAUCAUAUCAAAUGUUGGUGCCCCUACCGGUGGGCCAAAAAAUACUGGUCCAUUUGCUCGCGGGCCUGCUGGCCCAUUUAAGACAAAGAUGUGUUCGAACUUCUCCAAAGGUUCAUGCACUUUUGGAGAAAAAUGCCAUUUUGCUCAUGGUGCUAGUGAGCUGCAGAAGCCUUUGGCUUGAUCUUCACAGCUUUAUGUAUUAGCGAAGAUUGUUUUACCACAGGAAAUGGGAUAAACAUUGGAAAUGUCUGAAAGAGAAUUAUUUCAUUGCACCGUAUUAGCUUAUCAUGGUCUGAGUUUUGUUCAGUUGUAUUACUAGCCAAUUCUGUCACAGCUGGUUUUGGUAGAACAGAUAGAAUAGUCCUAAUUAAAUGAGCAUUUGCGCGAUAUUCCAUAA